UCCAGUGCGCUACCAGGCCAAGCUUGUGACAAUCGGAGCAUUUUCAAGACCUAAUUUUGAAGCCAUUUCAAGUUCUUACUGCUCUUGGCCAUGGCGGGACCUUCCUCGGCUCCUUCAGCACCUUCUUCCUCAUCAGGUUCCCAAUUUACGUAUUCAAACGGUUCCUACUUUCCUUUACCUUUCCAUCUCCAGCAGUCUGCUCCGGCACCGGCAGGCCCCCAGUAUCCCUCUCCCUAUGUCGCUGCUCCAGGUCCUCCAGCAGUUCCGCUCCCCGUCACAUCUGUUUAUCCGGCUCCUGCUCCCGCUGCCUAUACUCUCCCUCAAUACCAGCAGGCUCAACAAUUGUUUCAAAGGGAUGCCCAAACGAUAACACCGGAAGCUCUCGAGAGUGUUAAAGCUGCGCUUGCAAGUAGUGAGAUCGAGCAUAAAGCAGAAACAAAAAAGAAAGCUAUUCCUCGCAAGGCUGCCGGGCAAUCUUGGGAGGAUCCAACACUUGCUGAGUGGCCUGAAAAUGAUUACCGUCUAUUUUGUGGAGAUCUUGGCAAUGAAGUGAAUGAUGAUGUGCUCUCUAAAGCAUUCUCACGAUUUCCUUCAUUUAACAUGGCUAGAGUUGUUAGAGAUAAGCGAACUGGUAAGACCAAGGGUUAUGGAUUUGUUAGCUUCUCCAAUCCUACGGACCUUGCUGCAGCACUUAAGGAAAUGAAUGGCAAGUAUGUCGGAAAUAGGCCGAUAAAAUUAAGAAAGAGCAAUUGGAAGGAGAGGACAGACUAUGAUGCCCUGGAAAGACACAAGAACCACACUCAAAAGAAAUCAAAGCUUCCAAAGAAGAGUAUCUUGCACAAGUAGAGGUCGUUCACAUUCUUGCUGUCUUUGUUUACUCCUCGAGUAUAAUCGUCGAUCACUCAAGUGAUCGGUACCGGAUGUCUAACCAGUGUUUCAGGAAUGCCGUGAAGUUAGUAUCUGAGUGAGCUUUCUGUUCUCUGCUGCUGCAACUCUUUUUUAAAUGAAGUGAUUGUGCACUAGAGAAGAUGUUUACUUGGAAGGAAUCGAUCUUGUAAAGUGUUGUGCAUUCUCCAUUCUCUUUGGCUAUUUAAUGAAGGAAUGGAAAUCAACAGUCUUUCACUGUUCUUGACCACUGAUCUGACAUUACAUCUUAUUUCAA